AUGGUCACCGAAGCAGACCUCAAGCCCUGGCUGCGCGCCCCAGUCCGGCGAUACAUCCUCACCAACGCCACCGUCGUCGAUGUCACGGACGGCUCCCUCCGCCCCAACGCAGCGGUCCAGAUCAAGGAUGGCCUCAUCGACGCCAUCAUCGACAGCACAGACUCGGCGGUCAGGUCUGCCCAGCAACAGGGCUUCGAGGUGAUCGACUGCGCAGGCAAGUUCAUCUGCCCGGGCCUCAUCGACGCCCACGUCCACCUCGUCGCUGUGCCGGGCUUCGGCGACCUCUCCAAGGCCUUUGGCAACGCCAACGACGUCUCGCUCCUCCGGCAGCCGUACGUGUGCGCGCAGAUGCUCCACCGGGGCUUCACGAGCGUGCGGGACUGCGGCGGCGCGCAGCAGGCGCUGAAGGAGGCCGUCGACGACGGCGUCUUCCCCGGCCCGAGGCUCUUCAUCGCGGGCCACGCGCUGUCGCAGGCCGGCGGCCACGGCGACAUCCGCGGCGUGCACGACCACAGCGAGUGCUGCGGCGGCUCGACCAACGGCCUCGGCAGGCUGUGCAACGGCGUGCCCGAGUGCAUGACGGCGGUGCGGGAGGAGAUCCGCGGCGGCGCCGACUUCAUCAAGAUCAUGGGCUCCGGCGGCGUGUCGACGCCGACGGACAGGAUCGACCACCUGCAGUUCACCGGCGCCGAGAUCCGGGCCAUGGUCGAGUGCGCCGCCAACGCGGGCACGUACGUCACGGCCCACGCCUACACGACCAGGGCCAUCCGGCACUGCAUCGACAACGGCGUCCGGGGCAUCGAGCACGGCAACUUUGUCGACGCACCCACGGCCAAGGUGAUGGCCGAGAGGGGGGUCUACCUGACGCCGACGCUCAUCACGUACGCCCAGAUGGCCUCGCCCAAGUGGAAGGGCUACCUGCCGCCCGAGUCCAUGUCCAAGAACGAGGAGGUGCUCCACGCGGGCCUCGUCGCUCUGAAGACGGCGUACGACGCCGGCGUCACCAUCUGCUUCGGCACCGACCUCCUCGGGCCGCUCGGCGCGGCGCAGUCCUUCGAGUUCACGCUGCGAGGAAGGGCGCUGCCGUCGCUCGCGGUCCUGCAGAGUGCCACCAUCCACCCGGCCAAGAUGGUCGGCAGGGAGGAUUCGCUGGGCCAGGUCCGGGUGGGAUUCGUGGCGGACCUCGUCAUCACCGAUGCCAACCCGGCCGAGGACGUGUCCAUCUUGGACGACCCGGAGGCUCACGUCCUCGGGGUCAUCAAGGAGGGGCGGGUUUACAAGAGCCGCUGGGACGGCAUGGUUGAGGAUGCUGCCGUGCCGGUCAGAAUCAAGCCGGCGUUAUAG